AUAAAAAUGUGACAAACCUUGGGAACGCCCACAUGCUAUAGUGACGUUCAGUCUUUUUAAAUCGAAUACGUAAGGUUAAUAUCCAGCAACAAUAUGGUAUUAUUAUCAUCGUUUCUUACUCCCAUUUGAUAUAAUCCAUCAAUGGCGAGCGAAGGGAUAAACAAGUUCAUCAAGCUUUGGCUCUACAUAAUCAUUUCCCUAUGCUACUGCUACUACAUAGGUAGGACCAAGAAAACCCCUAUAGGAAUUGUACGGCUUCUUUGUUUAUUGCCAGUUAUGUGCCUAUUCCUCGCCAUCCCACUCAACAUCUCCUCCAUACAUUUCGCUGGUACCACUGCUUUCUCCAUCUCUUGGCUUGCUAACUUCAAGCUUUUACUUUUCGCCUUCGGCAAAGGCCCUUUAUCAUCCCCAUCUCUCUCUGUACCUCGUUUCAUUGCCCUUGCUUGUUUCCCUAUCAAAAUCCAACAACACCCUUCACAUCUAAAUGCCUAUCAAACACCUACAAACUAUGCAAUCAAGGUUCUGCUUUUUGCCUUUUUGCUUAGUGUAUAUGACUAUACGCACCAUAUCCACCCUACGAUCUUGUUGGUUCUGUAUUGUUUUCAUGUAUACUUUUGUCUAGAGAUUAUCCUAGUAACGGUGGCGACCUUGACUCGAGCCUUGUUGGGUCUCGAGCUAGAAAAACAGUUUAACGAACCCUAUCUCUCCACCUCGCUGCAAGAUUUCUGGGGUAGGAGAUGGAACCUCAUGGCAACUAGUGUUCUACGACCGACGGCGUACGAACCUGUCCGGAACACCGCUGCCCGUUUCAUUGGUCAUAAAUGGGCUCUGCUUCCGGCGGUUUUCGGGACUUUUGUGGUGUCGGGAAUCAUGCACGAGCUGAUUUUCUAUUACCUGGGACGCGUGUGGCCGACAUGGGAAGUCAUGCGGUUCUUUCUUCUCCAUGGAGUAUGUGUGACGGCGGAGAUCGUUCUGAAGAACGCGUUUGCGGAUAAAUGGCCGUUGCCCAGGGCGGUUUCUACGCCGUUGACGGUUGGAUUCGUGAUGAUUACUGGUAACUGGCUAUUUUUCCCACCGCUUCUACGGUGUGGGGCUAAGGAGAGGGCGCUUGAAGAGUACGCGGUGCUAGGCGCGUUUAUUAAGAAUGUCACUACGCUAACCUUCAGCUCUUUCCAGUCACAAUGAUUCUGGUGCGUUAUCUUUGAGAUAUUUGAGAUGUUUGGUGCUAUUCUUAGAAUAAAAAGUUUACAUGUCAUAAAA